AUGUUUCCAAUUUUGAGUGGAAAUUCAAGAGAUAAUGGUCAGAUCGAUGAUGGGCGCAUUAUAGGAGGACAAGCAGUAAAUAUUGCCGAUGUUGGUUGGCAGGUUUCUAUUCAAGAAGAUGGAUAUCAUUUUUGUGGUGGUUCGAUUUUAUCUGACAGAUGGAUUGUCACAGCUGGGAUAUGUUUCGCAAGAGAUAUUGUCCUAAGUAGGAUUUCAGUGAGAGCCGGUAGCAGUAAAUUAACUAGUGGUGGCACAGUAAAAAGAUUAGAAGCUUUUUUUGUUCAUCCACAAUACAACCCACAAACACAAGAUAAUGAUGCUGCCGUUGUUCGUCUUUCAUCACCUUUGAGUAUAAAUAGUGGAUCAAUCCGGCCCAUAAAACUAGUCAAUUCUGGUGUAGAAUUAAGAGGAGGCACCAAGGUUACAGUUUCUGGAUGGGGUAGACUCACGGAAUCACCAUCAGAGCUUUCUCCAACACUCCAGGGAGCAACAAUAACUGUUAUUGACAAUCCAACGUGCCAAAGAUAUUAUGUCGCAGAUUACGUCAUCACAGACAAUAUGAUGUGUGCAGGAUUCAUUGAAGGAGGAAAAGGUCCAUGCCAAGGAGACACCGGUGGUCCAUUAGUCGAAGGCAACAAAACCUUAGUAGGAAUUAUAUCAUGGGCAUUAGGUUGCGCAAGACCAGCAAGUCCAGGUGUUUACACACGUUUAGCUUCUACCAGCGUCAGAAAUUUUAUUCGAAGUGUGACCGGCCUCUGA